AUGAAUCCUCAACAAGGGAGAUACAACAAUUAUCAUGCCCCAUGGCCGCACCAACACCAAAGUCUUGCCCAAGGUUUCAACCCAAGGACUACCCAUACCCAACCAACUCAAGAUUGGGAUAUGAAGGAAAUGCUCCAACAACUUCUACAAGGGCAAGCCAAAGGUUCUCUGGAAAUGAACAACAAGCUGGUUGAGAUACACUCUAAAUUAGAGUCAUUGACUUCAAGAGUCCAAAUCAUUGAGUCUUCAGGUGCAUCAUCCUCUUCACCACAAGAGUAUGCCCAAGCAGUUACACUAAGAAGUGGGAGGCAAUUCCCUAGUAGAGGUAGCCCACCCCAAAUCGCUGUGGACAUCGAUGAUGAGGAAGGGGAGGAUUUAGUCGACCAUGCUGAUAACUCGAGCCCGAACUCGAUCGAGCUGGAACAAAACCCCGAACCAGAACUCGAUCGAGCUGGAGAGACUGAGACACUGCAAGACAAACCAGAGCUCGAUCGAGCUCAGAAGAAAACAGACAAGGCAAACCCCAGCCAACCAGCUAAACCUGUUGCAAAGAAGAAAGACACUCCAGCUGGACCACCACCAUACAAGCCCCCUCUACCCUUUCCAGGAAGGUUCAAGAAACAACUGUUGGAAGCACACAAGGCCAAGUUUGAUGAAUUAAUAAAGCAGCUCGAGUUGAAUUUGCCCUUCAUCGACGCUUUGAUGCUUAUUCCACCUUAUCAGAAAUUUCUAAAGGAUGCUGUUCAGGAAAGAACCAGGGAAGCACAAGGGAUGGUAGUGUUGACUCGCGAGUGCAGUACAAUCAUUCAGCGGAAGGUUAUCUCCGACAAAAAGGAAGAUCCAGGGAGUUUCACUUUACCGUGCAUGCUGGGACCCUUAUCUUUCAAAAACAGCCUCUACGAUCUAGGAUCAUCUGUCAGCCUCAUGCCUUUGUCUGUAGCGAAGAGACUGGGAUAUCACAAGUACCAAGCCUGCGGAAUCUCACUAGUCUUGGCAGAUAGAUCGAUAAGGUUACCGACUGGGAUGCUUGAAGACCUGCCUUUAUCUUUCAAAAACAGUCUAUGCGAUCUAGGAUCAUCUGUCAGCCUCAUGCCUUUGUCUGUAGCAAAGAGACUGGGAUAUCACAAGUACCAAGCCUGCGGAAUCUCACUAGUCUUGGCAGAUAGAUCGAUAAGGUUACCAACUGGAAUGCUUGAAGACCUGCCUUUGAGGAUAGGGAAUGUAGAAAUCCCCACCGACUUCAUUGUGCUGGAAAUGGAUGAGGAACCAACAGAUCCAUUGAUUCUAGGAAGGCCAUUCCUAGCUACAGCAAGAGCAAUGAUAGAUGUCUGUGAAGGAACAAUUGAGUUAAACUUGGGAAAGGACCUGAAGAUGAAGUUUGAUAUCAAGGAUACAAUGAGGAAACCAACUAUAGAAGAGGGAUAUGUGAGCUCAGAAACUGAUGAGUACAAGAAGCUCCUUGACACCUUCAGACCAGUUCCAAACAUUCUGAGCAUUGAGGGAUUGGACAGGCCAGUUUGCGAAGUCAUGGCAGAGCAAGCUCAAGGAGAUUGGUCUGAGCUCAAGGCGCCUAAAGUCGACCUCAAACCUUUGCCUGAGGGCCUCAGGUAUGCAUUUCUGGGUGAAAACUCAACUUACCCUGUCAUUGUGAACUCUGAUUUGGAACCUGAACAGUUGAGUGCUUUGCUUGUUGAAUUGAGAAAGUACAGAAAGGCAAUAGGUUACACUCUAGAUGAUAUCAAGGGGAUCUCCCCUGACCUAUGCAUCCAUAGGAUUCAUCUAGAGGAUGAAAGUAAGUCAAGCAUUGAACCUCAAAGAAGAUUGAACCCCAAUCUAAAGGAAGUAGUGAAGAAAGAGAUACUCAAGUUGCUUGAUGCUGGGAUAAUCUAUCCCAUCAGUGAUAGCACUUGGAUAUCUCCAGUUCAUUGCGUCCCAAAGAAAGGGGGGAUCACUGUCAUUAAAAACGACAAAGAGGAGCUGAUUCCCACUAGAACAAUAGUGGGGCAUCGCAUGUGUAUUGACUAUAGGAAGCUAAAUUCAGCAUCUAGAAAGGAUCAUUUCCCUCUCCCUUUCAUUGAUCAGAUGUUAGAAAGAUUGGCAAACCACCCUUUUUAUUGUUUUCUUGAUGGCUACAGUGGUUUCUUCCAAAUCCCGAUCCACCCUAAUGAUCAGGAGAAGACCACUUUCACAUGCCCUUAUGGCACCUUUGCUUAUCGAAGGAUGCCAUUUGGGCUGUGCAAUGCCCAGCUACUUUCCAGAGGUGCAUGA